AUGACUAGUCCGAGUCUGAUAAUUAUUGGAGGGGGUGUGGCUGGCAUUGCCAUGGCCCAUACUCUCAAAUGGAAGCUCGGCUGCACAGACUUUACGAUUUACGAGAAGGAAGCAGGACUCGGAGGGACUUGGAGAGUGAACACCUACCCAGGAUGCGGCUCCGACGUACCUAUCCACUUGUAUUCAUUCAGCUUUAACUUGAAUCCAAAUUGGUCACAGGAGUUGGUUGAUCAGCAAGAGAUUCUGGAUUAUGUUGAAUCAACCGUGGACAAGUUCCAAUUGCGAUCACAUUUCCAGUUCAACUCGGAAAUUCUGAGUGCGAAAUGGAUUAAUGAUCUAUGGCAUGUGACCUUUGUUGACAUAGGCACUGGCAAGACGUCUACCAAGACGUGUAACAUCUUGCUGUCGGCUGUGGGAGGCUUCUCGCAGGUCAGGGGUGUCAAUUACCCAGGCAUGGACCAGUAUCAAGGGAAGGUGUUCCACACGGCUGAGUGGGAUCACUCAUUUGACUUGACUGGGAAACGAGUCGCCGUCAUUGGGAAUGGCUGCAGUGCUGCGCAGGCUGUCCCAUCCAUCGCACCACAGGUACAGAAGCUUACCCAAUACGCUCGAAGCCCUCAAUGGUACCACCCGCGGCCCAAUAAGGUCUUUUCUGGAUUUGACAAGUUCUUGUUCCGCUACGUGCCUCUAUGGCAACGGUGGCAUCGACUUGACACGUUCCUCAAGACUGACCAGCUUGCAUCGGUCUACGGCUCAGAUUCGAAGCAAGUUGAGCAGCGGCUGGCCAUUGAAGAAUCGGCACGCCAGUACAUUUACAAAGAGGCUCCUGAGAAAUACCACAGCUUCCUUGUCCCCGACUUCCCGCUUGGUUGUAAGAGGAGAAUCUACGACCCCGGCUACCUUGCAUCUCUGCACCGCGACAACAUCGACUUGCUUCCGGAAGGCCCGAAGAAAUUCACAAAGACUGGCAUCAUCAGCGAGAGCGGCAAGGAGGAGGAAUUCGACGCUGUGAUCUUGGCCACGGGCUUCAAGGUGCAAUCAUUUCUCGCACCAAUGACAAUCGUCGGUAAGAAUGGCGAGAAUAUCCAUGAUCAAUGGAAUAAGAACAGAGGAGCACAAGCCUACAUGGGCACUUUCGUACGAAACCAGCCCAACUUUGCGAUCUUGUUUGGACCCAACACGUUUCCAGCCUUCAAUUCCGUCAUCUAUGCCAUAGAAGUCCAAGUCGCUUACAUCACGUCAACAUUGGUGAAGCCACUGAUGGAUGGAUACGCAAACGUUGUCGAAGUCAAGGUGGAAGCAGAGGAGAGAUUCGUACAGAAUUUGGACAAGGUCUUGGCCGAGACUGUGUUUGCCGCCGGCUGCAGCAACUGGUACAUUAACAGUGCUGGUCGCAACUCUGCAGCAUGGCCGGGGUUGGCCGCGACAUUCUGGAGGGCCACUGCUUUUCCUAAGUGGAAAGACUUUGUGAUGAAUGGAGGAUCAAACUGGUGGCUCUUGUACAAGGCCCGGAGAAACAUUGCAAGCGCAUCUUGGCCUAUAUGGUUCAUGGCCCUCGGCAUGGGUAUGUGGGCAGCAUACCGGAACCCUGCUCUGUUUUCAGAGUCCGUUCCCAUUGCGUUUAGUCGGCUCAAGCUGUAG